GACUCUGACUACGUGUCAACCCGGCACCUGGUGAUGGGGUGAGCAGCCUGUGAGCUUACGUGUCACAGCGGCCGGGCCGGGCUGACUGGCGUGUGCAGGGUAGUCAUGACAAUGACUGCCUGGCGUCCGCCGGGUGGUCAUGGCAACGGUGACGCAGUGGGCGGAAGUGACGCGGCGGCCCUGGACCCGGAAGCAGGACUGGCGUGGAGGAGACACGGUAGCAGACACGCUCCAAGGGGUAUUUAGAGGGUUGUGAAGCCAUUCACACCAAAUGAAGCCAAAGAGAUUGUCCUCAGCCUGAACCGACCAGCAGUCUUCCAUAAUAUGGUUCAUGACUGGCCAGUGUCUCACUGGAACAUAACCUACCUGUCUGAGCUGUUACAGGAAAGGGAACUAAGGUUCAGAAUUGGAAAGAAGAAACUGGACACAGAGCCACAAUUUGAAACCCAGUGUGAUUACAUUAAUGGGACCUUCAGACAGUUCCAUGAAUGGAUCCAGGGAAAUUCACAGGAGGAAUUUGGACCCUUCAGCCAAUGUGACAGGACUGAAUUCUGGGCCUAUGCAGACUACAAAUACCUGGCUGCUCUAUUUAAUGAUAGACCUGAAAUACUGCAGGACAUAUCAUGGGCUGACUUUGGAUUCCCUGGAAGAGAUGGUCGGGAGAGCACCCUGUGGGUCGGGAGCCUUGGGGCCAACACCCCUUGUCACAUUGAUUCAUAUGGCUGCAAUUUGGUGCUACAAGUGGAAGGCAGGAAGAAAUGGCACCUGUUCCCUCCUGAGGACACAGCUUAUCUGUAUCCCACUCGGAUCCCUUAUGAGGAAUCCAGUGUUUUCAGUAAAGUUAAUGUGGUGAAUCCUGACAGGAACCGUUAUCCUUUAUUCUCUGCUGCCCACCCAUACGUGAUCACCUUACACCCAGGCCAGGUCCUUCUUGUCCCUCGUCUCUGGUGGCAUCAUGUGGAGUCCAUUGAUGAUAUCACAGUUAGUGUCAACUCCUGGAUUGAGCUGGAUUCAGAUCAUGAGGCUCGUGUGGAAGAAGCCAUUACAAGAACAGUGGUAUGUGCGUUCAAAUCUGCAGAGAGUUCAGUCAACACCACUUGCGACUGGCUUAACCCUACUGAAGAUGGAGCAACGUCUCAUGAAACAAACCUGCAGUAUUUAAACAGAGCGGUUUCUGCCUACACAGAACAUAAGAGAACGGGAGAUGAGUUGAGAAGGAACACCCAUGGCAUAGAGAAGCCAGAAAUGAAGACGAUGAAAAUGGAUGGGCAUCAGGAGUCUGAAAAAGAGCAGUCCACAGACAGUCAUUUUGGCCAAUAUCUUGUCCCUGUUUUACCUUUAUUAACUGAUUUUACUAAAAGAGAAACUAAUGACAUAAGAGCAGAAUUGCGGCCAAGGGCGGCAGAAAAAGAGCACAAAGAUGGCGACGUGCACACAGAAGAUGACAGUUUAGGAAUACAAACAUCAAACUCCAUAACCAGCGACGAGGUGCUGGACUGCUUGGUGAACCCUCAAGUUGUCCGCUUGGUGUCUCAGCUUUUGUUAAAUAGGAAGUUGUGCUUAUAGUCUUAGCAAUGGACACCACAAGUCUCAUACAUUUUUAUCCACAUCUUCCAGUAAACAAUGAUAUGGCUUAUAUUAAGGGUCUACUCAAG